AUGAGCGGCGGUCUGCCCAUCGAGAUAUGGGAGAACAUCAUCGGCUAUCUAGAAGAAACCGAUCUGGUUGAGGUUUGCGUUGUCUCCAAAUUGUUCAAUGCCAUCGGCACGAAGGUCCUCUAUAGACACGUUGCUAUCGACGUGGAGUAUACCUCGGUGUUUGCUGGUCUGGACAGUGACGAUUGUCUCCGCUGGAGGUGGGCCAUCGAGUCUAUAGUUCUCAACGAACGCCAUCAGGCAGAGGCCGUCCGGAUCUUCGAGCUGAAUUGUGUCUACUACGUCCUGGACUGGACGCCUCCGUCACCGAGUGCGGAACCCGAGAUUGACGCGGAAGUGAAUAAUCUGAUUGCGAAUGCUGUUUGGGUGAUGCCUAGACUCGAGGAAUUUAUAUGGAACUCCAAUCUGCCUCUCUGCGUAGAGAUCAUGCAGCUGCUUGCCAGUAAACCAAUUACGAGGUUCACCUUGAAAGAUUAUCCAAAUAGAUCCGCACAGCGCAGUAUCGCCCCUCUCAUCGGCUGUCCGUUCACGUCCCUCUCCUUCGACGCGAACAUCAUCCAAUGCGAUCAAGAAUUCUCGACGUUAUUUAUGUCAGUACGGGAUACGCUUCGUCACUUGAAGCUUUGGAGGGGCAUACAUGAUCGACCGACUGACGUCUUCAAACCAGUCGCCCGGUCUGGCAAAAAGCUGGGCCUUGUUUCACUGGAAUGCGUGGCCAUGAACGUCCUGGACGUCACAGACAUCAUCCAGGCUGUCGAUAUGCAGACUCUGAGGUCGCUUCAUUGGGAGCCUUUCGAUGGGCCGAACGUCCAACUACUGUGGACAAUUCUGCAGAGAAACCCGCCGUCGCUCAAGUCAUUGACUACAGACAUGGGCGACGAGACUCUGGUGGAGUUUCUUCGGUGUUUUUCGGGACUGGAAACACUAUGUCUCAACUACUGGGGACGGAGUGUCUUGCUGAACCUGGAAUGGACCUUGGAGACUCAUUGCGCGUCCUUGAGAUAUCUUCGUCUUCCGGAAGAGUGUGACCAUGGAAGGGCAUUUCUCAGUCCUCGUGCAUUGCGAUGGUUGAUGCAGAAUUGCGUUAAUCUCGAAGAGCUGAGUUGCGCGAUGAACCAGAAAGAAAUGAGCGCUUUUAUGUUGGCGCUGACACCCGCAAAACGCCUGAGGGUCAUGCACGUUACCUCCGAUCUGCGUAGCAAGAACUUCCUCUGGGGGUUCUUCGACAUCCUCCGGCCGGAACACACAGCGUUAUUCGACACGCUCCAAAUUGUCGGUCACCGGUACAGCACGUGGAGGGUUCGUGACACGCACGACGUCCGCGACAACGAUCCAGUAUGGAAGACGGCAAUGGAGAAGACAGUGGCCUCUGUCAAAAAACAAGACACUGAGGCCCGAGGCCCCGACGGAGAAGUCCUGUCCAUGGCGUACGUGCACGAUCUCUGCUGCCAGACUGUUUUCAAGAGGAAAGAUGACUGGGAACUCGCCCUCUCCUGCCAUGGCAAGACGCCAGUGCGGGUGAAAGGCCACAGUUGGGAAAGAAGGUCGCUCUUAGCGAGGUGGAAGCUGCAUAAAUGGCUGGUAGAGCCGCAGCCCGAACCAAGGAUUCCAGACUCAUCAGACGAAGACUAG